UUACAGACAGAUGCCCUGCACCACAGUGUGGGAGAGCGCCCAGAGAGUCAGGAGGAGGGAGACAGUCAGCGAGUGCAUUGAGCCACCAGGCAAUACACAAUCUGCAGCGCAGCCUCAUCUCCAGGAAGUCCUCUUGAGUCAUCCCGCCUGUACCUGUGGAGUGGAGGUCUGAUGUUCUGACACUAUGCUGCUGAGGCUGCUAUCUCUGCUGCUCAUGGGGUUGGACUGCUUCCUGGGAGCGCCGGCAGGUAGAGAGGUCUACAGAAUGCCCCAGAAUGCCCUCAAAGCUUUGUCUGAUCGUGGCACUGUGGUUCUGGAAGCAGCCAUGGCAAGUGCUUUGUCCACUCUGGAGCGUGCAUCAUCUGAGAGAAGCCAGGCAGAGGCAGGCUGCCGGGGUUGUGUCCCUUGUCUGUUUCAGAACUGUGGACAGCUGUCCGGAUCCUGCUUGUCACCAUCUAGUGCCUCCUCAGAGCCCAGCUGCGAUGUGAUCAGCAAAGCUCAGAAGCUCCAGGCCGAGGCAGAGCGGAGUUGGGCUCUGAGUCAGGUCUGUGCGUACUAUCAGCACCGCUGCCCGCCCACCGAAGUAAACACUGAAAGCUGCAUCAGGAUCAUGGGGGAGAGUUGCAGUGCUCGCGUACUCCAGUGCAGCCUGCUCAACACAAUGCAGAACCUGGAACCUGCAACGCAGACACAGGCACAGGCAGCGUGUGGUCGAAAGUUGUCUUCUGUGCAGAACAUCACACAACCUCGUUCCAGGAUAGUGGGUGGCUCUCCCGCUCCUCCAGGCAGCUGGCCCUGGUUGGUCAAUCUGCAGCUGGACGGUGCUCUGAUGUGUGGAGGGGUCCUGGUGGACAGUUCCUGGGUGGUCACAGCUGCACAUUGUUUUGCCGGCAGCCGCGGCGAGAGCUCCUGGACAGCUGUGGUGGGGGAAUUUGACAUCACCAAGACAGAUCCUGAUGAGCAGGUUCUCAAAGUGAACCGCAUCAUUUCUCAUCCAAAGUUCAACCCAAAGACUUUCAACAACGAUCUCGCCUUGGUAGAGCUUACAUCCCCUGUGAUCCUGUCAGAACAUGUAACCCCAGUUUGCCUUCCUUCCGCCAUGGACCCCCCCACAGGCACACCAUGUCUGGUAGCAGGAUGGGGGUCCCUCUAUGAGGACGGUCCAUCUGCUGACGUGGUGAUGGAGGCCAAAAUUCCUCUGUUGCCUCAAAACACCUGUAAGAGCGCUCUAGGGAAAGAACUGGUCACCAGCACCAUGUUCUGUGCUGGUUAUCUCUCUGGGGGGAUAGAUUCUUGCCAGGGGGACUCUGGAGGCCCCCUGAUUUAUCAGGACCUUAUUUCAGGUCGCUUCCAACUUUAUGGCAUCACCUCAUGGGGAGAUGGUUGUGGAGAGAAAGGCAAACCUGGAGUUUACACGCGAGUGACGGCUUUCUCUGACUGGAUUCAAGCCGAGAUUCAAAAGUCAGUUGGAAGCCGGGAGCCAACGUGUCCAGAUCUUCUGAAGACAACUGACAUGACAGAGGAGGAGCAGCGGUCAGAGUUUGGCUCUCUGUGUCGGUUUUACACACUGACCUGUCCUCCGGGUCAGUCUGUCAGCUCCUGCACCCAACUGGCUGAAGAAAAGUGCCUCAACCGCUUCAAGAAAUGCCAGCUGCGCUCCUUCCUGCAGAGCUUGUUGGACUUGCUCCAGAGGGCUGAGGAUUACAUCAGAGAUCGCGUGGACUUGACUUUCUUCACACAGACUCUGCCUCAGCUUGUGGAGCACAUCUACAACACAGCUUUCACUCCCAGCAGAGAGAAGAGAGACCUCCGCGUGAUUCCAAGCCUCACGCAGAUUAAAGAACAUGUUGGUGCAGCAAAGUCAGCAGAGCUGGAUCUACCAGCCCUAUUCAGGAAUGUCGGAUCCUCGGUGGACGACUGGGAGAACUACCUGAGAGACAUAGCAGAUGAUGUGGAUGACCUGCAUCCUGAAGACUCAUCUACAGCCGACAGACAAGAGGACUACCUGUUUUCACAGUCACAAGAUUCCUUGGUACAGCGGCUCACCGUACAAUACCCAACUAUAAUUUCCUCUCUUCUUUCCAAACUGGGCUCUAAAGCUCCUCCUCCCAUGCUGCACCUGGACUUUUUUCAUCUCCUGGAAGCUCCUCCAAACAAUCCAUCUUUUUUUGCCUCCCCCACCAGCACACCAAGCCUUUCUGAUCCAUUUGCCCUAAAUGGAAAAAUCCAAGAACCUUGGUCACUUCUGUCUGCCCGGAUAAGUGAAACUCAAAAGAUAAGGACAAGAGAUGAAGGUGAAGCUGUGCUGAGCGGAGAAACAGAGGAAACCACAUCAGAGGAUUUUACAUUUGCAAAUAUAGAAAGUAUAAAAAAAAUACAACUAAAGUCUCCAACACAGACAGUUCCUGUCAUCCAGCAAGGCAUCAGUGAAACUCACACAGAUGCUUCUCAGCCCAGACACCCUGUCAAACCUUUAAAUCUUCACAGAAAAUACAGGAGUCUUCUUCAAAAGAGACAGACAGCUGUUGCCAGUGGAAAAACAGUUUGUCCUGGACUAAGGGAGUCUUCACAGCAGAUAGUCCGAAUCAGAGACUCUUACAGCUGGGUCUUAAACAUCCCAAGCAGGAAUUUGCACAUGAGCUUCCAGGAGGUGUUAGUGGAUCUAAACUCAAAGAAUGAUCGAGGACUUUAUCAGGCACGGAUCAAAGCUGUGGUGGGGGGACGGCCCUUGACAUUUUACAGCCUCGUGGGCCUGGAGAAUGAAUCUUUCUAUCGCAGUUUGCCAAGAAUCCUCGCUUUGGCACUAGAAGCACUCAAGACUUAAAGUUGAAAAAGAGGAUUUUAGGUUUUUACCUGCGCUGCUCUGGAAUUGAAAAGGCUCAUUUUAAAAGGAAUCCGGUGCACAAACUUUCCCAGCAGUCUCCUGUGAAAAGCUCCCUUUUGAUGCCCUCUUUGACUCCAAGUGCAAACAUGAAUGUAUGCCAUUUUAGGCCAUCAUCCACGCCACAGGUUUUCAUGUGGUUGGAGAAAAAAGCCACUUUUAACUUAUGAAUCUGUACAAAAUAAGUUAUUUGAUAUUGUCUUUUUCAAAACCUGAGCUUCUUGGGAAGCUCAGAUACUUUUUGUGCUAUUCUUGCAAUAUUUAUUUGUAAAAAUAAAAGUGUUUGUAUUUUUGUAAAAAAAAAAAAAAAAAAGAAAGAAAAGGUAAAUAUAUGCACAUACAAAUAAACUUCUGUGAAUAAAAUUGCACUUUGGUUGACUUUAAUUAGAAAUAUUUUAAACAAAUUAUUAGAAAAUAUAAAUGCAUUAAGAGAGUUUUACCACUGAGUUUAGAAAAUGUGCAGUUCUCCAAACAAAAAAAAAAGGCAAAUAGAAAAACAACAGAGUAAUACUUGAUUUUCUUGGAUGUUAAUUCUGCAUUUUCACUUGUGGAAUCAACUUUUUAGUUGAGCUUCAGUCCUCCAGCUUUUUCUGAUCAGCUCCAUUUGUCAGCUUUUUUUAUCUUUCAAUAACUGGUCGUGCAGAUCUAAUUGACUUUCAUGGCAUAAUUGCCAUUAAAUAGCAAUACCAAAGCUCACUAAACAAUAUUCAGCAUAACAGUGGUUCUUGUAUCAGGAAACAUGUACUCCUGGGUAUACUUUGUCCUUUUUUUCAUUUACCCCCCCCCCCAAUAAAUACAUUUGACUACUUUUAGUAACUUUUACCCUAAAGUAUAAAUGUCCAAAGUCCUUCCAUAACAUUCACAUUUUCUACUGGCCCCCAGGCUCCUGUCAU